AGGCGCGAGGAGCUAGAGGAAGAAGGAGGGGCGGGCGAAUCAUCUCAGAGGAGGAAGAAGUCAAGGAAGGAUCAUACGCCCGACGCAGAGCAAGAGGAGCAAGAGGACAAUGGUCUUCCCCAGCUAACGGCAGAGGAAGGUAAGCAAGCGCGGCCUGUCACAGCGAAUCUCUCUCCCCCACACUCUGGCUGCGCCUACAUGCUCACCCCUCUCUCUUCUCCCCAUCCACGUCCACCCAUAGAGCGACGCAAAAACCUCGACACGCGCAUCAACACUGCCCUGAAAGCCGGAAAGCGCAAGCCCAAGCGUCGCACCAAGGAUGACGGCGAGGAUCUCGACCCGGCUGCGGACGCCGAAGUGGCAGAACUGCGUAGCGCAAUGCUCAAUGCAGCCGACGACGAUGUCCUCUCCAACGAGGAUCGCAAGCCCGCCCUCGCCAAACUACGCCUCUUGCCCCGCGUUGUGGAUGGGCUGCAAAAACAGCAUUGGCAGCAGAGCAUCUUUGAUUCCAACUUGCUCGAGGCGGUCAGGAGGUUCUUGGAGCCACUACCGGAUAAGAGUCUGCCAGCGCUUAAUAUUCAGAGGGAGUUGUUCAAGGGAUUGGAGAAGUUGAGCCCGGCGAUUGAUACUAUUUCGCUCAAGAUGAGCGGAUUGGGAAAGGUCGUCAUCUUCUACUCGCGCAAUCGUCGCGUCGAACCGGACCUGCGCCGCAGGGCAGACCGUCUAAUUGAAGCGUGGUCGCGUCCCAUCCUAAAACGUUCUGCCUCGUACAGAGCAAUGGAGAUCCCCAAGGCCGCUGCGCCCUAUCUCCCCUCGACGGCACGUCUUCUCGAUUCACAAUCGCAAGCGGCUUCGCAGUCGCAAGGGCAGAUCGAUCAGAGCAGGCGCAAUGUGCAUAUCCCUCAACCCGUAGCGGGUGGAUUCAAGGUCGCGCCUCGUAGCUUGGUGGGGGCGGGAAGUGGUGGAGAGGGGGAGGCGGGUGACGCUAGUUUGAGGGCGGCUAAUCUUGGGAGGGAGAGGUUGAAUGCGUUCAAGAGGAAGGUGAGGGAGGCAAAGAGGUGAGAGCAUGUGGGAGGGGCUGAAAUGGGCGGGGGAGCCCAGUCGAGAUGUCGAGUUGAGCGAAGAGUCAACAAUGUGCAUCUUUCCAUCCAUCUAGCAUGGCAGGACAU